UUUCUACGGUUACGAUUAUUUCCAUUACAAUUACAAAUCAAAAUAUUCUCUAAAAAUAGGUGCACUCACAUCUGAGAAUUUUCAUGCAUUCUCCCAAUAUAAAAAUCCCAACACGCUGCCGCAUAACGCAGAAGAAAAGAGUAAUUCCCACGAAUUGAAUUGAAUUGAAUUGAAUUGAGGGCACCCCAAAAUACAAACAAUCAAUUUCAUAUCAUCGUUGACAGGAGCAAUGUUCAAAGAUAGAUUCAAAGGGCGAGGGGCGGGCAGAGGAGGACCUGGCCGGAUGGUGCCGCCAUCGAGGGCAGUUGUGCCCAUUGGCCCGAGAAAUCCUCGCGCAGGCUUCCCUUCAUCUCGACCUCUCAAUGGCAAUGGCGGCGGUGGUAGUGGCAAUGGGAAGGCCACUCCUCCUCCUCCUCUCCCUACUGGUGGUGGCACGGAAGAAAACUUCAUCCUUAAGCCAGGAAGGGGACUGCCAUUUGCGAUGAUUAUAAAGCUGAUUCCAGGCCUUGUGGAAGAUGUCAAGCGCGCUCAGGCCCAGGGCUCCAAGGUCCAAAUCAAAUUCGGACCCCAAGCCAACAAUUCCUCAGGAAAUAUUAUUGAUGUGGGUGGCAAAGAAUUUAGAUUCACAUGGGCACAAGAGCCAGGUAAUUUGUUGUGUGACAUAUAUGAAGAACAACAAAGUGGUGAGGAUGGGAAUGGUGUACUUGUUGAAUCUGGUUCUUCUUGGCGCAAACUAACUGUCCAACGCAUCCUCAAUGAAUCUGCAAGAGAUCGUGUGAAAAUGAGUUCAGCAGAGGCAGAGCGCCAACAGAAAUCAAGAAAGGCAAUAAUAUUGGAUCAUGGAAAUCCUGUGGUGAAAAAUCAAACAAAGCCUGUGGUAAACACAUCAAACGAUUCCAAUGCACGUAAGCUACUGCUGAAAACUAAGAAAGAGCCUCCGCCUAAAAAACGGAAGAUUGAAGGAAGUUCAGCUGCAGCUUCAAUGGCUUCUGAUGCAGUUGCUAAGCCAGCUGCUUCUCAAUCUAUCCUUACUGCUGCUGAGAACAUUAAAUCUGCCAAUUCACCUGUUCCAUCUCAAUCUGAGCAGCUAGUUACUCUACCACAACCUACAUUAAUGCAGAAACCUGCCGGUGGGCACUCUUCAAAGGGGCUUUCUGUUACAGAUGAAGCUGUUACUCAUCACCAUUCCAGUAAGCCAGAUGUUGGCAAACGUAAAGAUAAGGCCCCAGAUAUGGCCUCAACACCAAUCUCUGAAGCUGGGAACCAGAAAUCUGUUGCAGGGCUUACAACAGCAGAGUUGCGCAACCUUUUAAUUACACAACUUACAGAAAAUCCUAAGGGAUUGACAAUAAAGGCUAUUGAGAAAGCAAUUGGAGUCCCUGGAAAAAGGAUUGAGCCACUGAUUAAGACUAUUGCCACAUACCAGGCUCCAGGUAGAUACAUUUUGAAGCCAGGGGCGGAGAAAGAAAGCUCUAUGAGACUCUCACCUGGGAAUAGGAGCUCUCCUGAAUGCCAUCCUAACGAGUCUCCAAUUGUGGACUCAUCACCGAUGUCAGAAAAAGCUGGACAGCCAAGUGACGAACAGCGGAUGCAUUCUACUCCAACACAGGAUUCAUACUUGAAUAUUGUUGAUGAAAUACAUGAGCAUCUGCAUGAAUCUCCAGGUCCAGCUGCCAAUCAGAAGAACACAAUUAAUAGUGAUGGUAGUGGUUCCAGCAGUUCAAGUGAUAGUGGAAGUGACAGUGAGAGUGACACUGGAAGCAGUGAUAGUGGAAGUGAUAGUGGCAGUAGCAGUGAUACUGAGAGUGAGGCUAGUUCUAGCAACAAUGAAGGGUCUGAUGAGCAUGUGGACAUAAUGAGUGAUGAUGAUAAGUCUAUCAAUGAAGAAGAAAUAGAGCAAAAACUCAAAGAUUCCAAGCGAACCCCAUCACAAGUUGACGGAGAUGGUUCUGGUGAAAGCUACGAGCAAAAGGGCAUAGAAAAAGAAAAGGAUGAUGAUAAACUUCCAAUUUCUUCUAGGAACUCAGAAGAUGUUGAUAUUUGUGAUGAUAUAGGUGAGGGUGAAGCUAUCAGCAAUAUUGCCAAGCAUUAUGUUGGGAAUUUAACAUCUGAUGCUGAGGAUGACACUGAAAUGGCCGUAGAUGUUGAUGUGAUCAAUUGUGAGGGUGAAAUCAGAACACCUGAAGAAAAAACAACUAUUUUUACAAAGAAUGGUAAAGAAGAAAAUAAUCAUAGCCCCAAUGCCACUGGUGGAUUCCUUCACACACCUGACGACAGGAAAAUUGAAUCAAAGAAGAACCAAAUUGAGGAAAGUCUACAUAAGACUGAAAGGUUGCAUAAAAGAAUUCCUAAGCAAGGACAUGGUAGGAAACAAGGUCAAAGUGGAUCUGAUAAAGAUAGGUAUAAACAGGAAAAUAGAGCACAAAUAGAAAAGAAAGAGGAGCUGGAUCCAGAUAUAAAAAAAAUUAGAGAUUUGGCAUCUCAAUCCUGCUUUGAAUCUCCAGCUAGGCCUGAAAUUAGCCCUAGUAUAAAAGAUUUUGAGGCAAGACAGGUUUCAAAAGAAAUUAAUAAAUCGAGGUUCACAGACACCAUUUCUGAGAGAUCCAUUGAAAAUGCAACCCAUCUUGGAAGGUCUGGAGGUCAGUCUAGUGCAGCUAGCCAGAUUGCUCCGACAAAAGAUUUGGAUGAUGAAAGACUCGACCAAUAUUCUGAUGGGCAGCAGUCAUAUCAGAGGUACUCUGAUCCUGAUUCAAGAUCAAAGGCUCCAGAUGUAAUGCAGAGGCCUGGAACGUAUAUGGAUCAUAAAAUUAAGCCACACAACAGAGCAUCAAGAAUAGCUAAUGAAAGUGAUGUUUCGGCUGCCAAAAGCUCAGUUUUUGAAGAAAAAAAGUCCAAGCAUGAAGCAGCUUUAAGGACUGCAUCUGAGGAUUUUGAAUUGACUAAAGAUAAAUCCAACCAUUCCUCUAAAAUUUCAAAGGAAAUUGAAAAUGCAGAGAAAUACUCCAGGAUCUCUGAGUCACAAUGUAAAAGAGCUGGAGAUCAGAGUGGGUGGCAAUCAAGAGAUGUAGGACCAUCAGGGCAAUUAUUGAUGGUCAAUGCGCCAAAGGACACCAAGAAAACUGAGUUUGACAAGUAUCAAUUACCUUCUGGUAGGGAGAGUGUCCUGAAAAGAGAGUAUUCAGAUUUGGAGUUGGGAGAGUUCAGAGAACCCUUGUCUGAAGAAGAACCUCAAGAAUUGAAAGCUAGACUUGAUAAAUUACAAGCUGGUAGAGGUCCUAUAGAUACUAAAGUAAAGAAUGGAGGUAAAAGGAGAAGUGUAAGUCCUAACAUUACCAAGGGGCGUGUCAUUGGAAAAGAAGCUCCUGAAUCAAAAAAAUCAUCAACUUCUGAGCCAAUUGAUGACUUCAGUAAACAUGAUGGACGGACGGGAAUACCCAAUUUGAUAAGGCCUUCUAAGAAAUCUCGAAAAUCCCCACCUUCAGAGCAUACAGAUUUGGAUCCUUUGACAAGAGUAGAGAAAAUGGCAGAAAUGCCAGUGAAAGCUACACAUGCUGAGAUAACAAAGACAAGUCCACAUCAAAGUGUGGAAGUUCAAUGCAGUACUGCUUACAGAAAGAGUCCUACCAACAUCUUGCAGAAGCCAGAAUAUAAAGAAAGAGUGCAAGAGGCAGCAACACUUGAGAAUAAUGAGGACAGGGGGAUUACCAAAAUAGAUGAAAAACGUAAAGAAAAUACUAAAGACAACAACCUGGUACCAGUGAGAAAAAAAUCUGUUUCAUCCGAUGAAGAGCAACCUUUCUAUGCGAAGUAUGAGAAGGCUAAAGCUGACCUAAGAGGUCCCAUCAAGAACAUUUCACAGUUCAAUGAAUACACCCAGGAGUUUAAAGAGAAAUAUAGUUGCUAUCGGAGUCUCAACACAUCCCUUGAGAGUGAUAAAGAGGACUUUCAAAAACUGGGGAGAGAUUUGCAGUCAGCAAAAGAUAGGGGUGAUACAAAAUCAUAUGCUACUAUUUCAGAAAAAGUGAAGAAAAUUUUCAGUCAGUGUAGUUCGAGGCAUAAGAGGAUGAAGAAGGUAUUCACUGUGCUCCAUGAAGAAUUGGAAAACCUGAAGAAAAUAUUAAAUGAGUUUGUGGAGAGGUACUAGCAACAACAUUAAGUGCUCUGUAUCUUCCCAGGAUGAGGUACCAAAUAAAACAUAUUUUGUAUUAUAGCAUGUACAAAUAUUAUGGCUUCCACAUGUUCACUUUGUAGCGUUCCAGCCUUAAUCUCAUUAGCUUUGACAAUGGGAUUGCAGAUGUUCAAUCAUAGUGGUUCCAUUUGCUACAUUAUUUAAUCUUUCUUUUCUUCUUUAUACGCAAAGGUUUUUGCUUUGUAAAAAAAUUGUUACCACACUAGCCAACGGGUUGGUGUAUUUUUGCUUUUAUCAUUGAAGAAUCUGUGAAGAAAGGUAAAAGGAAAAUGGGAUUUGUAUUUCAAAUUUCCAAAUGAAUGGUUUGGUCUGACAUUGCGACCAUAUUAUUCUUUGUACUACAGUUAAACUUCAACCUGUGUUGACUAUCUUCAAAUUCAUUGUAAUCUAGGUGUGUGGAGUAAUACGACUCUUACUACCAUUUUUAUUCCUUUCAA